GCCGCCGGCUCUCCGCUGGCAGCCGCGGUUGUUCCGCCUCUUCUCCUUGCCUGCCGGGGACCGGCGGCAGCACGGAGAUCCCUCUGUCGCGGGCGGCCGCUGCCUCGCCUCUCCCUCCCCUCUCCUCCUUCCUCCCUCCCUUCCUUCCCGCCUCUCUUUUCCCCGGCCGGUGAGCGCCUCCGGCUCGCCCCGCCGUGAAUUCUGGGCGCCCCGAAGCCAUCGCUGCUGCUCCCCAUGGGGAUCCGGGAGUUCCCCAACGGCUCCGCCAGGGGCAAAGCCACCACCCUCGGCAUGCGGCGUUCCCCCGAUGUCAGCCCCCGGAGGCUGUCCGACAUCAGCCCGCAGCUGCGGCAGCUGAAGUACCUGGUGGUGGACGAGGCCAUCAAGGAGGACUUGAAGUGGUCCCGCUCCGUGGAGGAUCUCACCAGCGCUUCCGUGGGGCUCACAUCCAUCGAGGAGCGCAUCCUCCGCAUCACCGGCUACUACGGCUACCAGCCCUGGGCCGCCAGCUACAAGCGGGAUGAGCGCUGCCGGGAGUCUCCAGCCCCAGCUGAAGCCCAGAUGCAAGCUGGGGCAGAAGGUGGUGGCAGGGUGAGCCACUGUUGUUGGAAAUGCUCCGUGACACAACUUAAGAAGAUUUUUUGGGGUGUGGCCGUGGUCCUGGGUGUCUGCUCCUCCUGGUCGGGUUCAACCCAGCUUGCAAAACUGACCUUUAAGAAAUUCGACGCACCCUUCACUCUGACGUGGUUUGCAACAAACUGGAACUUUUUAUUCUUUCCUUUGUAUUAUCUUGGACACGUUUUUAAGUCAGCUGAAAAGCAGUCUCCAAAGCAAAGAUACAGGGAGUGCUGCCGAUUUUUUGGAGACAACGGCCUGACUUUGAAGGUGUUUUUUACCAAGGCAGCACCCUUUGGUGUUCUUUGGACACUCACAAACUACCUUUACUUACAUGCAAUAAAGAAAAUAAACACUACGGAUGUCUCUGUGUUGUUCUGCUGCAACAAAGCUUUUGUCUUCUUGCUUUCAUGGAUCGUUCUGAGGGACAGGUUCAUGGGAGUGAGGAUUGUGGCUGCUAUAUUUGCUAUUGCAGGGAUAGUUAUGAUGACCUAUGCUGAUGGUUUCCACAGCCACUCUGUUAUUGGGAUAGCCCUGGUGGUGGGCUCUGCCUCAAUGUCUGCUCUCUACAAGGUCUUAUUCAAACUUCUUCUGGGCAGUGCUAAAUUUGGGGAAGCUGCCUUAUUCCUGUCCGUGUUAGCUGUCUUCAAUGUCCUCUUUGUUACCUGUAUUCCUGUCAUCCUUUAUUUUACCAAAGUGGAGUACUGGAGCUCUUUUGACAUCGUUCCUUGGGGAAACCUCUGCGGAUUUUCAAUUCUCUUAUUGACAUUCAAUAUUCUACUAAAUUUUGGGAUUGCUAUUACAUACCCAACUUUGAUUUCUCUUGGAAUUGUACUAAGUGUCCCAGUGAAUGCAGUUGUUGAUCACUACACCAGUGAAAUUGUCUUCAACAGUGUCCGGGUGAUUGCCAUCAUCAUCAUUGGCCUGGGCUUCCUCCUGUUGCUCUUGCCAGAGGAAUGGGAUGUCUGGGUAAUAAAGCUCCUCACCCGUCUCAAAGUCAGGAAGAAGGAAGAAAUUCCCGAAGGGAAUGGAGACAUUGCUUCAGGACUGCCCAACAAAAGCAGGAGAACUCGCCCCUCCAUGUCAUCCUUUGCUCAUUAAAUGCUCUUUUUACCAGAACUUUGUGGUUAACCUUAGAGAUGAUGAUGAUGCAAAGGUCUUUUUUUUUUUUCCUUGGGAAGAAGCACACCUGUCCAGCACGGUGUACAUAACCUGUACAGUUUUGAUAUGAUCACCAUCUAAGUCUUGGCAUGUCCAGUUUGCUUGUACUUUUUUUCACACCAGACC